UGGGGAAGGUCCGUCCAUCUUUAGUGAUCAUCUCCCCUCAAAUUUUGAUUCAGAGCUUUUCAAUAUGGCCAAGGCACGUACCAAGAAGCGCACUCAUGUUCGUGCGCAAAAUGCCACGGCUGCUGCCAAAGGCGGUGCCUCAUCUAUGAGCAAAACUCCCAAGUCGAUGGUCAUUCGAGUUGGCGCUACACGGGUCGGUUCCAGCGUCAGUCAGCUGGUCAAAGAUGUUCGGACGAUGCUCGAGCCCGACACGGCUGUGCGGUUGAAGGAAACAAAAUCAAACAGACUUCGGGAUUUCACGACAAUGACUGGUCCUCUGGGCGUGACCCAUCUUCUCCUUUUCUCAAAAUCCUCCACUGGCAACACAAACUUGCGAUUGGCGCUCACUCCCCGAGGCCCGACCCUGCAUUUCAAGGUGGAGAACUACUCUCUAUGCAGAGACGUCGAGAAAUCGUUGAAGCGCCCGCGCGGUGGUGGUCAGGACCACAAGACGCCCCCGCUGCUUGUGAUGAACAACUUCAAUUCCCCCAAUGCAGACGAGAACUCCAAAGUGCCAAAGCGUCUUGAGAGCCUGACCACGACUAUCUUCCAAUCUCUCUUCCCUCCGAUCAACCCUCAAGCGACCCCGCUCACCUCCAUCCGCCGUGUCAUGCUGUUGAACCGUGAACUCGCCGCCGAAGGCGAAGAGGAAGAUUCCUACGUCCUCAACCUUAGACACUAUGCCAUCACUACGAAGAAGACCGGUAUUUCGAAGCGUAUCCGUCGGCUCGAUCCCAAGGAAAUCCGGAACAAGGAGAAGAAGAAGACCGCUGUGCCCAACUUGGGAAAGCUAGAGGAUGCUGCAGACUACUUGCUCGACCCUUCGGCUGCAGGUUACACUUCUGCUAGUGAAACAGAAAUGGACACGGAUGCAGAGGUCGAAGUUGCGGAGAGCACCACUCGGAAAGUUCUUUCGAAACGCGAGCUACAGCGCAUGAAGUCCGGCGACAAGGAGAAGGCCCAGAAAAAGCUAAGCAAUGGUCCCGAGGUUGAGAAGCGGGCGGUCAAGCUGGUUGAGCUGGGCCCGCGCAUGAAACUCCGGUUGCAGAAGGUUGAGGAGGGUCUGUGCGAGGGCAGAGUGAUGUGGCACGACUUCAUUUCGAAGUCUGAGAAGGAGGUCAAGAACCUGGACAAGAGCUGGGAUAAGAAGAAGAAGGAGAAGGAAGAGAGGAAGAAGCAGCAGAGGGAGAAUAUCGAGAAGAAGAAGGCAGAGAAGGCUAAAGCCAAGGCAAAUGGAAAGGAGGUUGAAGACGAUGAUGACGAGGAUAUCGAAAUGAGCGAUGACGAAUGGCUCAGCGACGAUUUUGACGAGGAUGACGAGAACGUGGUGCAGGAUGAGGAUGACGAAGAGGAAGAGGAAGAGGAGGAAGAGGAGGAAGGCGACGAGUCUAUGGAUGAUGAGUAAAUCACCAACGCCAUUCAUAUGAUGCUCUUCAAGUUAAGCCGUCAAGAACAUAGGCUGCCGCAUCGUGCUCCCUGCGCUCUUCAAUUACCUUCAAGCCCUUACCAUGACCACUGUGGCCACCUCCUAACCCACAAAUGCGACGCGUGCAUGAUUCCAUGCAGGCAACUCAGCGUAUCGCGCUAAGUUCAAUGUGCUUGUGGCCGCGUUCCCAGUAUGGUGCUCAAGAGGUGUCACUCGACCAUGCGGCGUGGACUAUAUGUGGCCGAUGCGACUGAAACAGGGACAGGCGGGUGAGAGGACCGGACCCAGAAUCGUGCCUCGGGAGGCAUUAUAGCUAUUUGAUUGAAGGAAAAGUUAUGUAUCCUAUGAUUCGUUAGGAGUUUCAAAU